GUACUGGUUUGGCCGUAGUUCUCAUAUCGUAUUACGUAGCUUUGUAUUAUAACGUUAUCAUCGCCUGGUCAUUUUAUUUUCUAUUUUCAUCGUUCACCCUCACGUUGCCAUGGACAUCGUGUAACAACACCUGGAACACUGAAUACUGUUAUGAUGGUUCAUUCAACGAGUCCUGGGUAGCUACCCGCGAAGGCGCAUAUACUUUUGUGUCGAAGGAAAACGGUAUCUCCCCUGCAGCCGAGUUCUAUGAGCGUGGUGUUUUGGAGAAGCAUUUGAGUAAUGGUAUAGAUGAUAUAGGGAGUGUAAAAUGGCAGCUAGCACUUUGUCUUCUUGCUGUCUUUACAAUUCUUUAUUUUGCGCUAUGGAAAGGAGUUAAAUCCUCUGGAAAGGUUGUUUGGUUCACAGCAACCAUGCCGUACAUCAUACUAGUAAUAUUACUCAUCCGUGGUUCAACCUUACCUGGUUCAUUAGAUGGUAUUAAAUAUUAUCUCACACCAGAUUUUUCUAGAUUACUUGAUUCUGGGGUGUGGAUAGACGCUGCUAUUCAGAUAUUUUAUUCUAUAGGGGCUGGAUUUGGUGUACAUAUCGCAUUUGCCAGCUAUAAUAAAUUCCACAAUAACUGCUACAGAGACGCAUUAAUCACCAGUUCUAUCAACUGUGUGACGAGCUUCUUUGCUGGUUUUGUCAUUUUUGCUGUACUUGGUUACAUGGCUCAGAGAGAAGGCGUGCAUAUCAGUGAAGUGGCAACUGAAGGUCCUGGUCUUGUUUUUGUUGUCUACCCAGAAGCAAUAUCAACAUUACCAAUACCAACACUGUGGGCCAUAUUAUUUUUUAUUAUGCUAAUAACACUCGGGAUGGACAGUUCUAUGGGCGGGUUUGAAGGAGUGUUAACUGGUCUCACAGAUGAAUUUCCAAAUUUAUUCAGAAAUAAAAGAGAACUACUGACAGCGGUCGUUAUCUCCAGUGUUUAUUUAUUAUCAUUGGCAUGUGUAACGCACGGUGGUAUCUACGUGGUCCAGUUGAUGGAUACAUUUGCUGCUGGAACGGCCAUUUUAUUUGCUGUACUUUUUGAAUGCAUAGCAGUAUCCUGGUUUUACGGAGUUGACCGAUUUUCUGAGGAUAUUGAAGAAAUGUUGGGAUAUAAACCGGGUAUAUGGUGGCGGAUAUGCUGGAAGUUCAUAUCACCUGUGUUUCUUACGUUCAUUGUCGUUGUGAGUAUUGCGUUGUACGCACCUUUGAAAUUUGAUGAUUACACGUAUCCGGUAUGGGCUAAUGUAUUUGGAUGGUGUAUUGCAUUAUCAUCUAUGGCAUUAAUACCUGCCACAGCUAUCUACAGUGUACUAUCACAGAAAGGCACGUGGAAACAGAAAAUCGCAUUAGCGAUGACACCUGUACAAGAUAGAGAUAUGGUAAUAAAUACUGGCAACGUCAGACAGUUUAAAAAACGACAUUGGCUGAGUGUCUGA